AUGUUUCUGUCUCUUCCUACAUUGACUGUCCUCAUUCCAUUGAUCUCCUUAGCAGGGCUGUUCUACUCGGCCUCCGUGGAAGAAGACUUCCCACAGGGCUGCACCAGCACAGCCAGCCUGUGCUUUUACAGCCUGCUCUUGCCCAUCACCAUACCAGUGUAUGUGUUCUUCCACCUGUGGACUUGGAUGGGUAUUAAGCUCUUCAGGCAUAAUUAAUGCACCCAGAGCCAAGAUGGGAUAUACAUUAAUGAUAAGUCUUGAGUGUCUAGCUCAACUGCAUGAAAAUACUGGAAACCCACUUAAUUUUCAGGGAAGAUGCUGGGCCGUGCUUCUGUCAGAGGCUGAGGACCGUGGGAGGCGUACACUGCAGAAGCUUCUUUCAUUAUACUUUGGUUCUGCCCUUGUUUUUUGAAGGUUCUAAUUUAUGACUACUGUGUCAGAAGAAACAUUUCAACACAGUGUCUUAUUGGAAAUUAACAAUACAAUCCCAACCAUCACCUAAUGGCUUUUAUUUCUUAUCCCUUUCAUCUAAAAAUUAAUAAUUUGAAAUUUUAUGUUUGUUUGAGAUUCAAAGUCUUUGAUAAAGUCACAUGUUCUACAGAUAACUGAAAUAACUCCAGAGGAGCUAUGUUGGAGUAGUUAUAGAGAAAUGCAUUUGAACUAGUGUGAUAUAAAACUGUAAUAAAAUUGAAACUUCAUGGACUUACAAAAUUUUGAGUCAGUAAAAUUACCUUCAUUUCUUUGGCAUCAAAUACUUAACGUUAGUAAAUAAUAAAAUGACACUUUUCCGUAAAA